AUGCUGAGUCACAUGCCUUUUCUCUAUCAGAACGUGCACACCCUGCCCAGCUUUCUGCUUCUGGCUUUGCUCACGGUGACAUCUCGGCUGAAACACUUCACAUCCUGGAGAAUCCUAUGGUCCUUUACUACACCAGCUCACCUCCAGGAAUUCUCUGGGGAAGUCCUCAGUUCCAGUAGCUUCGCACACUUAAACUUCUGCCAAGGCUCGGUUCUUAUUGCACCCUCUGGCGGGCGUUUACUAGAUUCCUCGCUUUGCUUAGUGGCAUGCAUAUUUCAGGUUCUGUCACCGUGCGUGUACCUUCAUUUGGAGACAACUGCCAAUGGCCCUGCCCACCCUACUGGGGACGUAGAUUCUCUUUGGGUUGGGGCUGGGGCUGGGGCUGGGGCUUCAACGCCUGGUACACGGCAGGGGGUGUCACUAAGCGGCGAGUGGCUGCAGCUCUCCCCUUUCUCUACCCCUCUCCCAAGGAUCCGGGGUGGCGGCUUCCAUCUUUUGUCGCCGCCCCACCGGCAGGGGGCGCCCCAUCCGGCCAGCCUCCCGGCGGGGUCGCGACGGGGCGUGCAUGUUCAAAGUCGGGCCCCCGCGGACGCCCGCGCUUCCUGGCGCCAGGCGGCUAGCCGGCCGCAGCUGGGGCUUCGGGGCCGGACUCGCAGCCCCCGCCCUCCUCCUUUGAGCGCUCGGGGCGGAGCCGGGCGGGCGCGCGGGGCUCCCGCCCCUCUCUCGGCGGUCACCUGGGGCCGGGCGCAGCAGGUGUCUGGUCUGGCACCCAGCGCCGGGAACGCGGAGCGCACGCCGGAAACCGCUGCACUUCGGGUGGCCCUGGGAGGCGGCAGCUGGGUCCAACCCCGGAAUUCCGGAGGCGACCGCCGGGACCUAGCCCGCGGAGGAAGGUCCUGCGAGGAAACCGGCUCGCUCCGCCCCACCUUUUGCAAAAGACUCGGGGAUCAGCGCGGCUGCCGUGACAAUCACGGGGAAGGGGGAACCUGCGGUUUAAACACUGUUGAAGAGACGUGACACAGCAGUGCAGUCCGUCUGCGAACGUUGGUUGGAUCCUGAUUCGAAGGGGAGAAGUUCAUGAAACAUUGAGCCAAUAAAAGAAAUGUGUACUGGUCAGUUGAUCGUACAAGUAAAUAUUAGUUUUGUUUAGUUAUUUUUGGUAAUGGUGUUAGGAUUGUGGUUGUUAAAAAAAAAAAACCCUUAAAAAUACAUACUGAAGUUGAAAUAUAGAUGGAGGGUUUGCUUCAAAAUAAACCACUUUGGGGCAACACUGCUAGUGGAAAAGUGAGGGGGGAGCUCCAAAGGAGAUUAGCUGUGAGUUGUUAAUAGUUGAAGCGGGAUGAAGGGUGGGGUAUGGAAUUCCUUACACUAUUGUCUCUACUUUCCUAUGUUUGGCAUUUUCCUUUAAAAGUAACCACCACCAUUGCCAGCGGAGCUUUUGUUUGUUUGUUUGUUUUCCUGACGGUAGUUUGGAAGGCACCACCAGUGAGUGUUUCUAGAAGAGAUUCAAGGCCUUCCACAGACCCUCACUCUUUGUAAAUCGGGUGUAAAACCUGCCUCUUCAGACGCAGACUCUUUCUCCCUCGUGGGGUGCUGCUUUAUUUUGCUCAGAAGGCAUAGGGUGUUUGCUGAGUGCGACAGAGCUGAGGGGAUCAAGUUGAUGCAGGUGGAUGCUGGGUCAGCCCUUUUGAUACAAAGGGUAUUAGCAAGCCUAGGGGUUGAGUUGUGUCCAGACAGACAGGUUGUGUAAAAUGUGGUAGCAGUUUUUCUGAGCUGCCCAAAUCCUUUCCCCAAGUUAUGCACAUCAAGAAACAGCUCAGAGUAGUAAACACAGUACUUAUCCAUUUAAGAUUCGUGUAUACUUUUGGAAGCAUGGUAUAUACGUCAGUAAAGAGUGUACAUUAUAAAAACAAAUCACUAGGUAAGUGGAGGUCUACUUAUUGCCUGAAAGAGAUCUUAACCUAUUUGUAUUGCCAUUUUCACCUUGUUUGCCCCAGGCAUUAUGACUUGAAAGUGUUUAGCAAAGAAGCGACCCCUAAAACAUUCUGUGGUGUUCUUUUUCCUUUACCAGAACCUUGCUUUGAAGAAGGGGCUGGGUGGGAGGAGUCAUAUCUGUAUAUUCAUCCAACUUGCUCAUUUUUUUUCCUCUAGAUUUAUUAUACAAUUCCUGCUCAUUCUGUCAUGCUUGAUUGGUGAUUUGGAAACAUGGCGAUUGCAUGAGGGAGCUUUUAAAGUUUGGGGUGGGGAGAGGCAUACUCCUGAAAGGUAAAAAUCCUUAGUAGCUUCAGCGGAACUGAUUUUAAUGCCUCUUUGUUUUUAAGAGAAAACCUGUCCGUAAUAGUUGAAAGUUGAAGUGUUGGUGCUCCUGGGUGGCUUAGUCGGUUGGGCAUCUGAUUUCUGCUCAGGUCAUGAUCCCACAGUUCGUGGGUUCGAGCCCCCCAUUGGGUUCUAUGCUGACAGCUCAGAGCCUGGACCCUGCUUCGGAUUCUGUGUCUCCCUGUCUCUCUGUCCCUUUCCCCUUCACGCUCUGUCUCUCUCUCAGAAGUAAAUAAACAUUAAAAAAAAAAGUUGAAAUGUUAGAUCAGGCCCCUCAGCCUAGACCUUGCUGGUGUAGUCCCAUUCGUGUAAAAGAAGUUGUAAAGAUGCUUUAAGUCAGUCAGUUGAGGAAAUGCCAAAGCAUGUCCCACUUUUGUCAAAGGGUGUGGAAAAUAAGGGAAUUGACAAAAAUCCCCGUGCGUUUGGAAAAUGUCAUAGUGAUGGUACUUCAAUGAAUGUGUUUGGCCUGCGGCUCAGUUUUCUUUGUGUGAGGAAAAGAAACAUUGCAGCUGUUAAGUGACUUGACUUUCUUCCUCGGUUGUCUAAAACAAGGCGUGGAGAGAGAAAGCAGACUUGCUGGGCCCUUAAGUGACCAGGCAGUGACCUAAUGUUUCCUCACCUCUGUGUAAGGAUGGUGGGAUUGGACCCUGGGGAGUUGAUUGCUAAUAGCUGUUU